AUUUUGCAACUCUUGCCUGUUCCAUUCAUCUGUCACUUGGCUCCUUUUUGUGCCAUCAUUUUCCAAACACAAAAAUGGAACAUGAUCAAGCAAGGAAGAAGACCACAGCAACAACAAAAACAACAACCGAGUACGAAGACUUGUUGCCGGUUAUGGCGGAGAAGCUUGAUGUGGAGAGCUUUGUCACUGAAUUGUGCAAAGGGUUUCAGCUUCUGGCUGACCCCGAAACGGGUUUGAUCACCUCCGGCAGUCUGAAGAAGAAUUCCGCGCUUCUCGGAAUGGAAGGAAUGAGCCGAGAGGAUGCCGAGGCGAUGGUAAGAGAAGGCGAUCUCGAUGGAGACGGAGCACUGAAUGAGACUGAAUUCUGCAUCUUGAUGGUGAGGCUUAGCCCCGGGAUGAUGGAAGAUGCCGAGGCAUGGCUUGAGAAGGCACUUGAUCAAGAGCCAAGGAAGUCUUAAAACACUUCUCAAACUUGGGCAAUAUUGUCUCGUUAUAGUUGUUGGAAUCAAGAAAUUUUAGAUGGUCUGUUUCAACUUGGUAAGUCAUAUUGUUAAUUGUUGUUGGUAAUGUAAUCCAAUAGUAGAAAAUGGAAUUAAGGGCGUGUUAUAGUGUCUAUUGGCGAAAAUGAUCGUGUCAUCGUUUGAUGCCAGGCAGUUUAUAUUAUUUUUUUUCUCCAUAUAGAGACCGAGAAGGAAACAAGUGCCAAAAUAAAAGUGUCUUGUUGAUAAGAGAACAAUGAACUAUGAAGAUGAGAACUGAGUAAAUUACAAAACUUAUAUUUGUCAAAUGAAAAUAUCCGAAAUGGAUUCGGAUAAAAACUUGUACAAUCACCGGAUCUCAGAUGCGCAAUUCGGAAACUGCAUUCCAAAGGUUUCUUUUCU